AUCACGGCAUAGGGGUUUCAGUGUGUUCACGCUUGUAGACCUUCUACAUACAGGAUGUUAAUUUUUCACACCUUUCUCUAAGAAACCACCAGACCAUCUAAUACCAGCAAUCUUGCCACGAUCAAGUCACACUUUUUUUAUUCACAUCUUGUAUGAUAAUUAUCCAAAGAUCUUAACUUGUAUUUACAUGAUUUUAUAGAAUCUCCUAUUAUUAUCUACACUCCAUGAGCACAUUAAUAGGAACACUGUAUGUGUAUAUUAAUACUGAUUGGGACCUCGAUUUGCUCUCAAAUCAGCUUCAUGACAUGGAUUCAACAAAACACUGGAAACCGAUCUUUGAGAUUCUGGUCUCUGAUUCACACUUCCUGGUAAAAUGUAGCAAUGAAGGGAUGCACAUGUCCACGAUUGAUUGGUAUUAAGAAUCCAAAGUGUGCCAGAAUUCCCAUAAAACUCCCAUGUUGACAUAAAACAGAUUGGAUCCAAGGAUUCAUGCUUUUGGCACCAAAUUUUAACCUUACUAUCUGGGUGUCUCAGCAGACAUAUAGAUUCUUCAGCUUUUUGUUCUUAGCUGAUAGAAGUGGAACCCGAUGUGGCCUUCUGCUGCUGUAGCACAUCUGCUUUAAUGUUUGAGGUGCAUUACAUUCUGGGAUGCUUUUCUGCUCAACACCACUGUCCAAGCUAUUGAACUCUGCUGGCACUGAAGACUUCUUCUAUCAACGGAAAGUUCUGUCAAAAAUUAUACACUUUUCUUUUGGUAAAUAAUAUACUUCCUUAAAAAAUGUAUCAUUAAGUGUAGAGUAUGUUCAGCGUCCACCAUUUAUCCUAUGAUUUCAGUUUAGAACAUCUUCUGACCAAUGAGAUUCAAGAUUUCAACAGCCAUGUGGUAUGAUUUAUUAUAGCUGCUUGAUUGUACUAAAUAUUUACUAUCUGAUACAUUAGAUAAAUAAAUUGUACCUCUGCUUUAAAUUGUCUCAGAAUCUGUAAGGAUACACACAUUUUAUAUUAUGUUAUGUCAAACCAAGCUUAUGGAAUAAAUGAGGAAAUGGGCUGUACCCCUGACGUCCUCUACAUCAGAGCCUUCCAUCGUAUAUAUAUAUCUGUAUUUUCAUUCUGAAGCACCAACUCUGAAGUGUUACGUACUGCUGUGAGCCAUGAGCGAGGGUGAGAACAUCUACCAAAAUGCUAUUCCUAACAGAGAGGAAAACCAAAAACCACAAAAAAGUCAUCUUCUUAUUGGAAGUCGUAAGAAGCAUGGGUUUCUGUCACUGAUCUGUAUAGCUAUUCUUCUAUUCUCUCUGAUGUCUAAUGUGAUUCUUGCCUAUUUCUAUUGUAAACUUAAAUGGGCCCAAGUGACUGUGUCUGAGACGAUUGGGAACUGCUCAGCUGGAGAAGCUGAACAUCAACACGUCAUUUACAAGGAGAGAGUCUACAUUUUAUUCAGUGAUAAAAUGAACUGGGACUCCAGCAGAAUCAGCUGUCAGAAACUGGGUGGAGAUCUAGCCAUCAUCAAGAGUAAAGAAGAACAUGAUCUUAUCAGUGGUUUGGUGUCCAAAAUUGCUUCUUCUUUGUUCUGGAUUGGUCUGACGGAUGCUGAAAAUGAAGGGGUGUGGCUUUGGAUAGAUGGGACACCUCUGAAUAAAAAUCUCUCGUGGUGGAAAUACACUCCAGAUGAUUGGAAACAAAACAACCCACUAGGAGAGGACUGUGUGGUUUAUUAUGAAGGGGAAUGGGCAGAUGUAUCUUGUUUAACCUCAUAUAUGAGAAUCUGUGAAAUUUUCUUGAACUCAUCAAACAGUACUUUUUAAACUAAAUAUGAUUUUCAUCUACUACAGUUGGGUAGACAUUUAUCUGUUGUAGAUUUUCUGUCCUUUUUCCUCACUGGAUAUAUUGUUUUCUGACUUUUUUGCUUUCAGAAUGUGCUGAAGCUUGCAAUAAUUCUUUUAUAAACUCUCUGGUGCAAAGAGAUAAAUAAAUUUUAUUUAUGAGGCCUGCGUUAUUAUCGAAGCUGGUAAUUAAUACCGACGUACGUGUCCCUUAGUGACACUUGUUUUCGGAUUGCGUAGGAAACCCUUCCACAAUCCCACUAAGGAAUGUGUCCUAGACUGCACGGGUUAGUAUUGAAAAACACACGAUCAACUAUCAGAGUUGAACAGGG